UACAGGGAAUACAGAUUUACGUCCCUACACUUAGCACCUCAACCAUGGCAUAAGCGAGGCGGAUUAGAUGUCUCUUCGUCGCAGAUCUUAGAAGCGGAUUCCUCUUUCUUCUCGUCUCCGCAUCUGAUAAGAUUGCGUUCAGAUCGGUGAGCAAACUCGCCCCUCAUUCCUCUUUGUUUGAUUAUACUUGGUAUUCCCGCCGAUCGAUUUUUGAUUGAAUAGGUUUGGUGCGAUCCAAUUCACGGAAAGGGAAUGGAGAUGGAUCACAGGAAGCUCUUCGUCGGCGGAAUCUCAUGGCAGACCAAUGAGGAUGGACUUCUAGAGUACUUUAGCAAGUACGGGGAAGUUAUGGAGGCGGUGAUCGUGAAGGAUUGCAACACGGGCCGCGCCCGUGGCUUCGGAUUCAUUGUGUUUGCAGACUCUGCAGUUGCUGAAAGAGUUGUAAUGGAAAAACACACAAUAGAUGGUCGGAUGGUAGAGGCGAAGAGGGCUGUUCCUAGAGACGAUCAGCGGAUGAUUACCAAAAACAACGGUAGUGUUCCAGGAUCUCCUGUCCCUGGCCGUACGAAGAAAAUUUUUGUCGGAGGUCUUCCAUCUACGCUAAUGGAGAGUGACUUCAAGAAGUACUUUGAUCAGUUUGGGAUAAUCACUGAUGCUGUGUUGAUGUACGAUCAUAAUAUUCAGAGGCCAAGGGGGUUCGGAUUCAUCACUUUUGACUCUGAAGAUGCUGUGGACAGGGCAUUAGUCAAAACCUUCCAUGAGUUAAAUGGCAAAAUAGUGGAGGUCAAGAGGGCUGUUCCUAAGGAGCUGUCCCAUGGGCCUACCAUUCGCUUGCCAAUCAAUGGAUAUAAUUAUGGUAUGAAUCGUGCAAACAACUUCGUAAAUGGGUACAUUCAGGGAUAUAAGCAAAGGAUGAUCGAUGACUAUGGAAUGCAAAUGGAUGGUAGAAUAGGACCCCUGGCAAAUGGCAAGAAUGGAUUCAGUUCAGUUGUUCCUGGAUUUGGAAUGGAAACCGAUUAUAAGCAGACCAUGAACUCAAAUUUUGCAGGGGAUUCAAUAUACACUAACCAUCCUAGUUAUGGGCAGACUUUGAACCCCUACUAUGAUGGGAAUUCAAUUGGUCAUUGUAGUUCCACUACAUAUGGUGGUCGUAAUGAAAAUAGUAGUUCAAUUUUCAGCUCAAUAGAUGGCAAUGCAUGGGUAGAUUUUAUGCUUAACAAUGCUAAUAAAUCUGCCACUUCAAAUGCUUCGAGAGCAUCUGAGAGUGGUAUUGUUGGGUCUGGCAGUGGUAGCUUGAAAUGGGACAGUUCGUUUUCAUCUGAAUUAGGAGGGACUGGUUCUGGCUAUAAUAGUGGGAAUCCAGGCUACCAAGGCAGGGAUUAUAUUGUCUUUGGUAGCAGAACUACUGAAAGAAAAAUUUCUCCUACCUUUCCUGAUGCUAAUCUUACUACAAAUUGGGGAUACCAUGGGAGUUAUACCAAAUUGUUUGAUAAUACUUCAGUUUAUGGAGACCCAACGUGGCAAUUAUCUUUAUCAGAACUUGUUAGCACUGCCCCAUUCAGUUAUAAGCUUGUCAAAUCUGAGCCAGAUACAGCAGAUGAAGGUUUUGCAGAUUAUAUGGCUUGCUAUAAAAUGAAGAAUAAGCAACCAAAUCAAGGAAUUGCUACCUAGAUAUAAUUUUCCAUCUUCCCUAGGACUAAGCAUUGACUACAGCCAGCGAGUAUGAUACAGAUUGAGAGUUGUACAUGUUAGGUGCAUUCUAUGCAUUGUAAAUAUACAAAGCUAACAAGAAGUCCACAGAGUAAAAGAGUCUUCGAACACAGUGGGUUUUGUGCAGUGAUUGGGAUUGGAUAUAAAUUCCAUGUGUAGGCUUUGUGUUGCUGCGUUUGUUUGAGGUGUAAAGUGUGUGAUUGUGAGAUACUUUCAUAUCAAAACCCCUAGAUUCAUGCUGGUAUUAGUUCAUAUAGAAAUUUAAAAGUAUAUCAGAAAGAUGAAAGAAAAGGUUUGCUUUUUGUGCCACUCAGUUA